CAGUCUUUGCUACCAACAACCUGCCACUUUCUCUGUCCAUAAUCUAAUACGACAAUAUGGCAAGUCUCGAAGAGCUCGACGACUUGGAGCGCGAGAUGGACAAGGACCGGGACGAGAGCGAUGAUAAGGAUGGCAAAAAAUCAUCCAAAGAUGGGGAUGCGGACAUGAAGGAUGCAGCUGAAGAGAAGGAAGAAGAAGUCCUCGACGUGGAGAUCCUGAACUCUAGCACACGAGACAUUAUUGCUCGGCGGCGGUUACUGGAGAAUGAACUGAGGAUAAUGCGGAGCGAGUUUCAACGAUUGAAUCAUGAAAAACAGACAAUGCAUGAGAAGAUCAAGGACAACCAAGAUAAAAUCGAGAAUAACAGGCAAUUACCAUACCUCGUAGGUAAUGUCGUCGAAAUUCUCGAUCUUGAUGUGAGUGCCGAGGCGGCUGAGGAAGGUGCAAAUAUUGAUCUCGAUGCCACUCGAGUUGGCAAGUCAGCCGUCAUCAAGACAUCCACCCGCCAGACCAUCUUCCUGCCGCUUAUCGGGCUCGUCGACCACGAGAAGCUAAAGCCUGGUGAUCUCAUCGGUGUAAACAAGGAUUCCUACCUCGUACUAGAUACCCUGCCCGCCGAAUAUGACAGCAGAGUCAAGGCUAUGGAAGUCGAUGAGAAGCCAACAGAGAAAUACACAGACGUAGGAGGUCUUGACAAGCAGAUCGAGGAGCUGGUAGAGGCUGUGGUGUGGCCCAUGAAGGAGGCCGAGCGAUUCAAGAAGAUCGGCAUCAAAGCGCCGAAAGGUGCUCUGAUGUAUGGUCCUCCGGGAACCGGAAAAACACUUCUCGCUCGCGCAUGUGCUGCACAAACCGACGCCACCUUCCUUAAACUUGCCGGCCCACAACUUGUACAGAUGUUUAUCGGUGACGGCGCGAAACUUGUACGAGACUGCUUCGCCCUCGCAAAAGAGAAGGCACCUUCGAUCAUCUUCAUCGACGAACUUGAUGCCGUAGGUACGAAGCGUUUCGACUCAGAGAAGAGCGGAGACCGUGAAGUGCAACGUACGAUGUUGGAACUUCUCAACCAGCUUGACGGCUUCGCCUCAGACGACCGUGUCAAAGUCCUCGCUGCCACCAAUCGUGUUGACGUGCUCGAUCCUGCCCUCCUACGGUCCGGUCGCCUUGAUCGCAAGAUUGAGUUCCCGCUCCCCAACGAAGAAGCCCGCGCCCAAAUCCUUAGGAUUCACAGCCGUAAGAUGACGGUGGACGAUGCGGUGAACUGGCCUGAGCUGGCACGCAGCACAGAUGAGUUUGGAGGUGCGCAGCUAAAGGCUGUGUGCGUGGAGGCCGGUAUGAUUGCCCUACGAAGCGGGCAGGCAAAGAUUCAACACGAGCAUUACGUAGAUGCCAUUUCAGAGGUGCAGGCCAAGAAGAAAGACACGGUCAAUUUCUACGCAUAACGAUAGCAUGACCAGGGGAAUCCUCGGAGCGGCAUAUAUAGCACAAAUCGUAAUAGAACGCUUGUUGAAUAACAUCAUCAGGGUCGUAUGCUUAACCUACUUGGAUUAUCACGCACAUGAUGUUACGCACUGCAUACCAGAAGCGCAGAAUGAUAUGAUCGAAACGUCAGAGCAUCAAUUGAUACGUCGUUCUCGGUCUGUACACGUCAAAAAUAGCAGACAUACUUUGACUCGCUAAAUGAUGGACGACGAUGAUGAUGAUGAUGAUGACAAC